AUUGACAGAUGUGGUAUUUGAGUUUAGGAUUUUUAUCGUUCUAUGAAAUAAAUUAGUUUUGAUGGUCUUUCAAUCCUAUUUCCUGCAAAUGAAACAUGUUGUAAAAUAUUUUAUAACAGUGCAGGAUACAGAUUAACUCUUCUGCGAAUUCUUAUUUGCGUUCUUAAAACCUGUGUGCUUUACUUUUAUCAUAUUUUUUCUUUUGUAAAUCGAAUCCAGUAUAGGCGAAUUUGUCAAUUUUUAGGAACCUUCAGAGUCUUGUUUAUAUUGGGCAACAAUUUGGACACCUAACGAUAAGACAGCUAGGCUUAUCAACCUUGCUCUAGUAUUGGAUUUAGAACUUAGAAGUGGAUAGGUAGCAAUGCAACAUUUAUUGAAAAGUAAACCUAUAGAUGAAAUUUCAUUAUCUUCAGAGUAUGUGAGAUUUAGGAGCACCAUACCACAAAAAAAGAUUGUUGCAGAUGAACAUGCAAAGAAGGUAUGGACAAUAUAUGAUGCUGGGCCAAAGAACAUCACAUGUCCACUUAUUUGCUUACCGCCAGUUAGUGGAACUGCUGAUUGUUUUUUUCGCCAGAUAACGGCUUUGACGGCAAGAGGAUACCGUGUCAUAUCUCUUCAGUAUCCAGUUUACUGGACGAUGAAAGAAUGGAUUACUGGCUUUUUGAAGUUGAUUGAUAUUCUAGGUUUGAACAAAGUAAGUAUUGGAAGAGUUGUCUAUCAACUGAAUUGUUCCUCAAGUAAUCCUUUUUCUUUUAAG